AUGGGGUGCGCAGCGUCGCACGCGAGAGGUUCUGAAACGCCACCGCCACCGCAGCUGGGAUCGUCGCGAUCAGGUGACGCGUGCUGGAGGCUCGCUGCCGUAGCAGACCCGCGGUCGCCGUACCCGGUGCGCAAGUCCGCGGAGGCGGGCGGCGGAGUGUGCGAGUACAGCUACCAGGAGGUGCACGCCGCCACGGGCGGGUUCCAGCACGAGGUGGGGCGCGGCGGGUUCGGCGUGGUGUACCACGGGUACCUCGCGGAGCCGCACGGCGGGCAGGGCGCGGGCGUGUGGGCCGUGGCCGUGAAGCUGAUGAGCGGCGAGCACAUCGCCAACGGCAUCGACAGCUUCAUGACGGAGGUGGCGGUGAUGGCUCGGGUGCACCACCCCAACAUCCUGCGCCUGGAGGGGUACGUGGUGGGCGCCACGCCCAUCCUCAUCUACGACUACAUCCCCAAUGGGGACGCCGCCUCCUACCUCGCCAAAGCUCGGAGUGGAGAGGUGCAGUUUGGGUGGAGGGACAGGCUGAAGGUGGCACUGGGGUGUGCGGAGGCGCUGACAGCCAUCCACGCCAACGGCUUUGUGCACCGCGACUUCAAGGCGCCCAACGUGCUGCUGCGGGAGGACCUGACACCAGUGGUGGCAGACUUUGGGUUGGCGCGAGCGGUGGAUGACUGGAAGACACACGUGGAGACACGCGUGAUGGGGUCCGUGGGCUACAUCGACCCCAUCUACUUCGAAUCAGGCAACCUGAGCAAGAAGUCGGACACGUAUGCGUUUGGGAUAUUCUUUCUGGAGCUCAUCUCGGGCGUGUCUGCGCUUGACGGCAGCUUCAAGGAGCUGCGGCGCCUCGUGACGGGCAAUGACUACCCCGAUGCCGCUCUUGUCAUGGACCCACACCUGGCGGGGCAGUGGCACCUCAAGCACGUGCUUGUGGCCUUCACACUCAUCAAGUUUGCAAUCUUCUACGACUGGGAAACUAGACCAGGGAUGGAUUGUGCUGCUCGGUGUGGUGCCCGUGCGUCAUGGUGGGGCGCAACGCCGAGAUCGUCACCGACGGCUUCACAGCGUGUGAUGUCGUCGACUGUCCGUACGACGUGCUUGUUCGUGUGCGCUGCCCCGCGCGCUGCAGAUUUCCGCAAACGGCUGCGCGAGAAGUACAUGCUACCGCAGCGGCCGUUCAGCGACUUCUGGAUGCACUGCCUGUGCGCGUGCUGCGCCAUCGCGCAGGAGCACCGCGAACUGCGCAACCGCGGAUGGGACCCCGCGCUAGGCUAUGCGGGCAACGUGCGCAAGUUCCAGGCGUGCUCUCCGCCCCCCCAGAUGGAAAUGCUCGCCGACCAGUAG